AUGUGGCAUCGAAGAAAACAAACUGCGCACGCCGAGGACACGACCACCAGCACUGUAUCCCAGCACAAACAUCCUGUCUGUCAUCCUUUCUCUUCUUGUGAAAAGAAACACGAAAUGCCAUGCAAGGCGGGAAGAAAAGUGAGAAGAGCUUGCAGUUCAAACCGCAAUAGGGAUGCACCUCACCACGCCUAUGCGCGCGAGGCGAAGCUGAAUGGAGAAUCCUUCUCUCCGGAGCUUGGAGAGCCCAGUGUGCUUGCAGCUAUUGUGAGGCCUCCNAGCCCCAACAGUCAAACUAUCAUUCGCUUCGUUGUCUCAAAGAAAGGCAUUGCCCACGGCUGCACUCUUAGCAGGGCCGUUAAAGCUCUUUGCUUCCACCCCUGUCAGUAA